CCACGGUGACAUGCAGCGCAAGCAGGAGGGGUGGAGAGCUAGGCAAGGAGCCGGCCAGGGCUGCACAAAGUCUCCUCCCCUUUUAAACAAAUGUACAAAGACCAGUCAGACAAGACGAAAGGGGCGGCAUGGAUCAGUGGGUAGAGUGGCUGUCUUGUAACUGGAAGGUUGCUGGUUCAAUCCUCGGCCCGUUGUGCUCAUGUUGAGGUGUCCCUGAGCAAGACACCUAACCCCUAACUGCUCCUGGUGGGUUGUGGUUAGAGCCUUGCGUGGCAGCUUCCACCAUCAGUGUGUGAAUGGGUGAAUGUGACAUAUCAUGUAAAGCGCUUUGGAUAAAAGCGCAAUAUAAAUACAACCAUUUACCAUUUAUAACGAAAGCACUGGGGUGUUUCAUCACUAAAGACAUGCAACCUUUUGCCGUGGUUGAGGGUGCGGGAUUUCAGUGCAUGAUAAAGGCACUGGAGCCGCGAUAUAAAAUCCCCUCCCGCAAACACUUCAGCUGCACGGUAAUUCCCGCACUUUAUGAAGAGACCCGGCGGAGACUUGUGAACGAGUUGUCUGACACAGCUUGUGUUGCUCUUACUACGGAUGGAUGGACAUCCAGGGCAACUGAAAGUUUCCUUACUGUGACUGUCCAUUACAUUCCCUCAGAGUGGAAGAUGAAAAGUUCUGUUUUACAGACACGCCCCCUUUAUGAGAGCCACACCAGUGAGCAGCUCUCUGAAGCACUGACAGAAGCAGUGACCGAAUGGAAGUUGCAGAGGGACAGCAGCACAAUCCCUGUUACUACAGACAAUGCAAAGAAUAUGGUGAAUGCAGUAAAUGCAACAGCUGGACUGGGUCCACAAAUUGGCUGCUUUGCACAUACAGUUAAUCUGGCAGCUAAGAAUGCAGUUUCAAUAAGUCAGGUAUCGCGACUGCUGGGGAAGAUUAGGAAGGUGGUGACAUUCUUCCAUCGCAGCACAACAGCCAGCCAUGUCCUAAAAACCAGACAGAGGAUGCUGGAAUUGCCAGCUCAUAAACUAAUACACGAUGUCUCCACCCGCUGGAACACAACAUAUGACAUGCUGGAGCGUUAUUUGGAACAGCAGGCUGCCAUCUACUCUGCUCUGAUGGAGAAGGAUGUUAAGAAACAUCUCAAGGACAUCUCUGUUUUGAAUGAUGGUGAGGCAAAACUGGCAGAGGAUCUGAUUAAGAUUCUUAAACCCCUGAAGAAUGUGACAACCCUCAUGAGCACAGAAACAUCUCCCUCAGUGUCGAUGAUCAUCCCUCUGCAGAAGAUGAUAUUAAAAUCCAUGACAACAAGUGAAGAGGACAGCUCCACCAUCAAAGAUGCUAAGGCAGCCGUCACCAAAGACCUGGAAGUCAGAUACGGGAACCCUGAGCUUCAGGACUAUCUGCACAGAACAGCAGCCCUGGAUCCAAGAUUUAAGUCCCUGCCCUACUUGGAAGAAGCCUCUGUUGAGAGAAUCUACAGUGAUGUUAUCAGGGAAAUCACGGAAAUUAAAGAGCAGGGUCAACCCAGAGAAGUCCAGGUGGAUAGUUCAUCCUCAGCUGGAGAGCCAGGGACGUCAGGGACGUCAUCUCCCAAGAAAAAAUCUGCCAUGGCAGAAUUUUUGGGGGAAUUUUUUCCAACAGAGAAGGAAACCACCAAAACUCUGUCCCAGACCACUGAGGAGGAGGUCAUGUCAUACAGGGUCACAGGCUGCAUCCCUGUGGAUGCAGACCCACUUGCAUGGUGGAAGGACAAUGAACAUAAAUAUCCUCACAUUGCUAAAUUGGCACAAUGUUACCUCACAGUUCAAGGUACAUCGGUGCCAAGUGAGAGAGUUUUCUCCACUGCAGGGGACAUUGUCACUGCAAGUAGAUCCCGUCUCUUGGCCGAGAACGUGGACAAGCUGAUCUUCUUGCAGAAGAAUUUGAUAAUAGAAUGAGCAGAGCUGUGUGAGGGAGUGCAGUAGAGUAUCUGUUUGGUUUACGCUGCAUUUCAUGUUAUUGACCUCUUCAUUUGGAUCAUUUAUUUUAUGUUACCUUACAUAACACAGUGACACUUUAAGUUUGAUAAACAUUCCAGCCUCAUUUGUUUGAUUGUAUUUCAAAUACUGCACUUUAAUUUCAAGUGGUUAGUGUUCGAAGAAAAUGUUAUUUUUGUGGUGAUUUCAAAGGAACCUAAGUAUGAUAGGGCUUAUGCUUUACAUUGACGGUAUAAUCUGAGUUGUAAAAACAGCAAUGUAAAGUUCUUUCAUAUUAUGCACAAAUUCAACCGUCUGACUUGUAAGAUUCUUUUUUUUUUUUAGAUAUAUUGUUUUCCAAAUAAAUGAAAAGCGUGUUGGAACUACCAAUGUCUCAGCUUUCAGGGCCAGAAUCUCACUUCCCUUUAACCUAAGACUGUCACAAUAAUGUAUCAAAUGUCAGGCUGCCUCAUUCUUUAAGUUUUAACAUUACUAUAAAGACAUAAUUGACUUUUGAAACAAUUAAUGUGUACCGAACCGAAAACCGUGACCACAAAACCGUGAUAUGAACCGAACCGUGUAUUUUGUGAACCGUCCCACCCCUAAUAUUUAAUAAUAGUACAACAAUAUCAAUAAUUUAAUUAUUUGUAUAAGGCAGAUUAAUCUGAUUUGAUCCCUAUUUUAAUCUAGGAUCCUCAUAGGUUAAUAUAAGAUUUCUAUGCCUGUCCCCAAUUUACUGUUAAUUUAAGACAUUGUUGAUUGCAUUUUCUUUUAAGUAUUUUUCUUAUGAACAUUAUAUUCUAAUCUUAAUUCCCCAAUAUUGUUUAUGGUUUAAUACUUUAACUUUUAUUCUUGUUUGAGCAACUGGCCUUUGUUUGAACCUUUCAGCCCUUUCUUUGUCCUCUGUGCCUACUCAGCACAUCUCUGUAACCACAGAAGCCCCCCCGUUCUUCAAGGUGCUCCAUCCGGUUUAACGGGUGUUCUACCUUUUUCUCUUAAAACCGUCAGCCUGUGUCUUAUUUUUGUGUCAGCUUGUCAAGAUGAGGUGAGGAUGGAAUGCGAGUAAUUUUCCCCUCAGCACUAUUCUUAAAGUCAUAUGAAACCGCAGGCCUUUUGCUAAAUAGAACGUGAAGUAUUUACCUUAAGUCAACGUUUUCCUUUAGGUUAGAAGUUGAAGCUUAAACAUUUUCAUUAGCUCUCUAAUAUACUUGAUUAUAGGGUUAAUACAAGUUGCAAGCACACUGAUAUACAAUUGGUUACAUGAUGUGAUCAAAUGAUGAUUUAUGAUUAAAUGGAUUAUAACUAAAGAUAGAAUUAAAACAUGAUUGUUUGAUAGAUAGGUUGAAAUGAAUAUUCCCCACAGCUGCACCAGCCAAAGUGGGAUGGAUGCCGUCUCUCCUAAUCAGACCAGGUUUUCCCCAAAAAGAGCUCCAAUUAUCAAUAAAGCCCACGUCGUUUGAUGGACACCACAUAGACAACCAGCGGCGAAACGACGACAUGCGGCUAAACAUGUCAUCGCUGGUCAGAUCAGGCAAGGGUCCAGAGAAAACUACAGAGUCCGACAUGGUUUUGGCGAAAGUACACACCGAUGCCACGCUAAUUUUGGUGACCUCCGAUUGGCGUAACCGGGUGUCGUUACCGCCGACGUGAAUAACAAUCUUACUAUAUUUAUGAUUAUCUUUAGCCAGCAGUUUCAAAUUUGCUUCCAUGUCGCCCGCUCUGGCCCCUGGGAGGCAUUUAACUAUGGUCGCUGGUGUCGCUAGCUUCACGUUUCUGACUAUGGAGCUGCCAAUGAUCACAGUUGGUUUCUCAGCGGGUGUGUCGCUGAGCGGGGAAAAACGAUUAGAAACAUGAAGCGGUUUGUGGUGAGCCGGGACAGCAGGCUUGAGUUUAGGACUGUUUUUCCUACAAACUGUCACCCAUCCACCCGGCUGUUCGGGCGCUGCUAAGGGACGGCUAACAGAUGCUACACUAGCUAAGCUAUUGCGGUCCGCACCGGCUAAGGGGCCCUGGCUAGCUGCUAGUGGGUUAUUUUCCAUGGUGCGGAGCCGCGAUUCCAAUUCAGACAGCCUCGCCUCCAGAACUACAAAAAGGCUGCACUUAUUACACAUAUCGUUAUCACUAAAGGAGGCAGAGGAAUAACUAAACAUGUGGCACACUGAGCAGGAGAGGGAGAGAGAGGGAGAUUUUAUUUACAUAUAAAUUUUAUUUAUAUGUUUCUUUAGUUUUUACUUUUUGUUAUUUUUGAUGAAAUUUUUAUUAUUUUAAUUAAUUGAUUUGUUUGUAAAAAUAUUUUACUUAAUUUUUGAGAUGAAUUAGCAUAAAUUUGAUAAAGAUUUCAAGCUUUUUCCUGUUUUAAUUUUUACUGAAACAAUGUUCUGGUCCUGUCGGACUCGUUUCCAUCUGCUGAUGUUACGUUC